GAUUUUCAGUUCCUCAUUUGAGAUUCAAAAUAUAAGGAAUUUUGGAGUUCCCUGAACCGAUGUCAAUUCUGCAGAAUAUGAUAAAUGUGUAGCUGAUAUUUUCUGCACUACAUAUCAAUAUAGACAUUAAAAUCGAUGAUAUCGAUAAAUCUAUUUGACGUUGACAACAGCGCCUCGUGUGGUUUUGGGCUAACUUAACCUCACUUUGUGGAUGUCAAAACCUGUGUGGAAAAUAAGUUAAGUUGAAAAUUUACGCAAAAAUGGUGAAAAAGAAAGCAGAAUUAUUGAACAUCAGUCGCGAGGAACGCAUGGUUAUAACUAUAGGUGAAAUUAUCCAAGAAUUAGUUGCUGCUCAUGACGCAGGCAAGGAUGUGAACUUGAAUCGUAUGAAAUCUAGAAUUUCUUCGAAGUAUGGUUUAGAUAGCUCGCCCAGACUUGUGGAUAUUAUAGCUGCUGUACCUAGUGAACACAAGAAAACUUUGUUGCCUAAACUUCGUGCUAAACCCAUUCGAACAGCUAGUGGGAUUGCAGUUGUAGCUGUGAUGUGCAAGCCACAUCGUUGUCCUCAUAUUAAUAUGACAGGUAACAUAUGUGUCUAUUGUCCUGGUGGUCCAGACAGUGAUUUUGAAUAUUCUACUCAAAGUUAUACUGGCUAUGAGCCAACAAGUAUGAGAGCUAUUAGAGCAAGGUACAAUCCAUAUUUGCAGACACGACAUCGAAUAGAACAGCUUAAGCAAUUAGGACAUUCAGUUGAUAAAGUUGAAUUUAUUGUAAUGGGCGGAACUUUUAUGUCUUUGCCUGAUACAUAUCGCGAUUUUUUCAUUCGAAAUCUUCAUGAUGCUCUUAGUGGACAUACUAGCAACUCAGUAGAAGAAGCUGUUAAAUAUUCCGAAAAAUCGAAAGUGAAAUGUAUUGGUAUAACUAUAGAAACAAGACCUGACUACUGUUUGAGAAAACAUUUAUCAGAUAUGCUUCAGUAUGGCUGCACGAGAUUGGAAAUAGGUGU